AUGGACUCCAAAGGAAUAAAGCACCAGAUUGAUGAUCUACUUACGCAUCUGCCAGGGGGGAACAAACGUGCAAAAACGGUUGCAAUAGAAGGAAAUUGUGGGAGAUCUGCGAAAUGUGCUGCAAUUGACAAACUUCCAAAUACGUUUGAGAAUAAAGGGUAUGUCCAUGGGCCUAUUGAUUCUGUUUUCGGGCAGAGACGGGCUUUCCCCGUUUCCAUAGACACGGCCAAUGUGGACAUGGACAAGAUCCCCGAGAGUGCUGAAGAAUACCUCUCACAGGUGAGGAGGGAGGCGAGUGAAGGUGUUCACCAGGACGAGGACGAAGAGGAGGACUUUGUAUAUAUCAAGCGGGGAGAGAGUCCUGCACAAGAGCAGCAAGGGGCUGGAGACGAUGACUAUAAGACAAUGGAGAGAUACCUGCAAGAUUAUAUCGAAUCACGGAGGAUAUACGACAGUUACCGACAACAACUCCAUGAGAUUGACGGUAUUGAGUUACCGCAGACAGCCAGGGAAUGGAAGAAGUUUAUCUGGGAGGUAAGCUGCCAACGGGAAUACAUUGCGCAGAUCGUUGAGGAGGGUCUACAUAUGAAGCUCCUUGUCUAUUUCACCAAAUGGAUGUGGCUGAAGAUGGACAGCAACUUCACCGAGUGGUUGCUUGGCAUUCUCUCUGCAGUGGAUAACCCACUCUCGUCCUCGGACUUGUCUGUUGUCCGCCAGCUGGGGAAGAAGGCGGCCCGCCAGCUGGCCCAUGGUUCGGAAGAGGCCAUCCAUCUGCGUGUAGUGGCCAUUGUCUCUCUCUUCUUCAAACAGAAGGAUAUCACCCUUUGA